AUGGACCAUGACGAUGGCGGCGACCUCAAGACGUCUCUCCUCGCCGCUUCCCGUCCUUACGCGCCGUCUCUCGGCUCUCUUCCCCCCAGCCUCGAAGCCACAUCUCCAUGUCCUUCUCUUCCUCUCCCCCGUCGUCCCUCUCACUCGUCGUGGAUGUACCCACCGAGCGGCGAAACCCGUCGGAUCCAAGUCGACGUCCGCUCCCUCCAGCGCUCUCGCGCACUCUUAGAGGCCCCGAAACGUCUCUUGGGCCAAUGGCCGUCCACUGCCAUCUGCGGCAACGACAUCCUCGCCAGUGUCCUCUACUCGUCGGGCAUUGUGGCCGCCAAGGCGGGCAAACUGACGCCAGUGGCCCAACUGCUCGUGGCUCUCGUGCUGUUUCUCUUCAGGUCCAUCUACGAAGAAGCCGUGACGGCCGUCCCGCUGAACGGCGGCUCCUACAACGUGCUGCUCAACACGACGUCGAAGCGCACGGCAGCAGUCGCGGCGUCGCUCGGGAUCAUCUCGUACUUGACCACGGGCGUCGUCUCUGGGACCUCAGCCAUGCGGUAUCUGGACACUCAAGUGGAUGUGCAAGUGAUGCCAGCGACCGUCGCACUGCUGUUUGUGUUUGCGCUGCUGUCCAUCAUUGGCAUUGCAGAGAGCGCGACAGUUGCGCUCGUGAUUUUCGUCGUCCAUGUCGUGACGUUGACGCUCUUGAGCGGGUUCUCCUUUUACUAUGCAGUGACCCAUCCCGAGACGUUCUGGACGAACUUGAAGACGGGGUUUCCAGACAUUAAUGUGGCGGGGGACGUGGUCAAGGGGAACGUGGUGACGGGCAUUUUCUUUGGCUAUUCGUCGGCCAUGUUGGGCAUCACGGGUUUCGAGACCUCAGCCCAGUUUGUCGAGGAACAAGCGCCUGGUGUCUUUCGAAAGACGUUGAGGAACAUGUGGAUCUUUGCUACUAUUUAUAACAUUAUGCUGUCGGUCCUGUCUUUGGCGGUGCUGCCGUUGGAAGGACCUGGAGGGAUCUACGACGAAAAAGACGUGGUGCUAGCGACGAUGGGAAAAGUGGUGGCUGGUCCAUGGCUGGAAAGCUGGGUGUCUGUUGACGCUUUUGUGGUCCUGGCUGGUGGUGUGUUGACGUCGUAUGUGGGAAUUACUGGACUCGUACGACGUCUGGCGUUCGACCGUGUACUCCCGGCGUUUCUUACGUGCACCAACAAGUGGCGCGGCACGAACCACCACAUCAUUUUGCUGUUUUUCGCGUUGCAAGCAAGUCUUGUGAUCUUGCUGCAUGCGGACGCUACAGUUCUUGCUGGAGUUUUCACGUUUGCAUUUCUGGGAGUCAUGGCUUUGUUUGCUUUUGGCUGCAUACUACUUAAACUAAAGCGUGAAGACAUUCCGCGUGAUGUGUAUGCGCCGUGGUGGAGCUGCAUUUUUGGACUAGUGAUGGUGCUGCUUGGCUUGCUUGGUAACUUGCUGGGUGACCCCACCAUCUUCAUCUAUUUUUCAUUGUACUUCAUCGUCUUCGUGUCGGCGAUGUUCAUCAUGCUGGAGCGCGUCUUUAUUCUGCGGAUCGUGCUCUACAUACUAAAACAUGUUUUCCCCUCGCGUGGAGCCCGUGAUGACUCGAGCGUGUAUAUCGAAGCUUCCACGUCUCGUGCCAAGUCUAAAGAAAGGACUCGAACGGGAGCCAUCGGUGGUCGCACGAUUACAGCGGUGCUCAAGGCAAUUCACCUUCCACCGAUAGUGUUUUUCCUCAAGACCCCCGAUAUAUCCGUGCUGAACAAAGCUAUACUUUACGUGCGAGAGAACGAGCACACGCACAAUUUGCUCGUGAUACACGUGAGUGAAGAAGAUGCAAGCUUUGACGAGAAUAGCAGUGCAGAAGUGACGGAUGCUGAUGUGCGUCGGCGAUCGCUUAAGCGAGAGGAUGUGGAGAAUAUGCGUGAGAUGGCUCGAGUACUGGACCUGACGUACCCAAAAAUCAAGAUUGACUUUGUGCAUAUUUGUGGCUCGAGCUUUGACAGCGCUCUUAUCCACUGGUUAUCCGAUGAGUUGAGUGUGCCGCCCAACAUGAUGUUCGUCCGGCAGCCAGGUACUAAACACAUUCAUCAAAUCGCAGCGCUGGGUGUGCGGGUCAUCACUGGCUAG